AUAGCUAAAUUUGCAGAUAUAAGAAGGAUUAGAGGACUAACCUUUAAGGAAGGAGACAUACAGCUAAACAUUAAGACAAAUAGGCUAAGUAAUAAGCUUAAUUUUAAAAAACUUAGACCUUACAAAGUUAUAAAGAAAAUUAAACCUAUUAAUUAUAAAAUAAAUCUUUUACUUACCCUAGGGAAAUAA